AUGACUAUUGACAGAGAAUUACCAGAUCCAUUCAAAGAUAGAACAAGAAAUCGUGUGCAGUUUAUUGGAUUCUGGAUCUUGAUGGGUGUUUCGGCUGCUCUUAUGUUUAAUUAUGAAAAGAUGAGUUCACCUGUUGUUACCACAACUUUGCAUUUCCUGAGAAGAUCAGCCAUUAUUAGAGACGUUUUAGGUGAUGAGAUUGACUUUAAAACUGCUUAUCCAUGGAUCAGUGGUGAAUUAAAUCAAGUGAAAGGUGCUGUUAAUAUUAAAUUUGAUGUUAAAGGUUCUAAACAUUGGGGUACUAUUAGAUUAGUUGCUGAUAGAAAAAGUAGACGUGAUGAAUUUUUGAUUCAUGAAUGGAGCUUGGAAGUUGAAGGUAAAAAAUAUGAUUUAUUAGCUGAUGAAAGUGUUGACUUUAGUGUUAGUUGA